AUGAACACAGCCUUGCAUACUCAUGUCAAGCGCAGCUCCCCGGCGUUGGUUCCUGGUGCACCGCCACCUUUAAUACACAACCAUGUCCCCCACCCCAGGGGGCAUAGCUCUCCGGCAGUGAACAAAACAAAAGGGUUCAGCCCCAUAGACUCUGUGGGGGAGAGCAAAAGGGACUCAAACUCAAACUCUACUGACCCUGAAGCCCAUUCCAGUCCAGAUCCAGCCAAGCCUGCUCAAUCGCGCAGUCUGGGUGGAGACCUGUAUAAGGCCAUCACUCAGAGUGUGAAGUUUGGGGAGGUGGACUCUGCACACAUGGUUAAAGACCUCUGUAGCGCCCUCUUCAACCUGCAUUCCCGCAUCAUCGUACACAGGGACUUGAAGCUGGAAAACUUACUGGUAUGUAGCCUAGAGGAGGCAUCAUUAGUGGUGUGUAGCCUCGAAAAAUAUGGUUGUUACGGUCUGGAGGUGGACAUGUGGGCGGUGGGCGUGAUAACGUACAUCCUGCUGUGUGGGUUCCCACCUUUCCGAAGCCCCGACCGCAACCAGACAGAGCUGUUUGAGUUCAUCAAGGCGGGAGAAUACGAGUUCCUCAGUCCCUACUGGGACAACAUCUCCUCUAGUGCUAAGGAUCUGAUAGAGCAUCUCCUGGUUGUGAACAAGAAGCGACGUUACACUGCUAUCGACGUUCUGUGCCAUCCCUGGAUCUUGUGUGGGGGCGACGUAUCGGGUAUGGAUGGGGCGCGCAUUGAGGAGCUGAAAAAGACGUUCCGGAAAGAGCUCGAGACUCAGGCCGCUCUCAAUCUCGAGUCUUAUCAGAAAAUGAAGGAGAAGCUUUAACAGGAUGAGUGGUGACAAACAAUAUCGAGUAUAAGAGGUUGUGUCUCUAGGGACUAAGUGUUAGGUUUAACACAAAUGUUAUAGAUUUUGUUACUUUGAUUUAAAAAAAUAAUAUUUUAAAACCGUGAUCUUUGUUACUUAUAAGAAUUAAAGUAUUUUUCGGCAACUGUUGUACGUUGUAGAUAGUCAGUAUUUAAAUAUGAGAAUACAUGAUUGUACUUGUAGAUAAAUGUUAAUAUGUUGUUGAUAAUGAUGUUUUGUUUUUGUAUCACUUUUGUUUUGUAGAGUUAUAGUAAAGAAACAAUGC